UCCGGCGGAAGUUCCGCUGUUGCAGCUCCGGGCGAGCGGCUGCGCGGAGCGGCGGUCCAGGAGCGCUCGGCCCGGCCGCCGCCGCCAUGGCGGUCCCCAGCGCCCUGAUGAAGCAGCCGCCCAUCCAGUCCACGGCGGGCGCCGUGCCCGUCCGCAACGAGAAGGGGGAGCUGUCCAUGGAGAAGGUGAAGGUGAAGCGGUACGUGUCGGGGAAGCGGCCCGACUAUGCACCCAUGGAGUCCUCGGAGGAGGAGGACGAGGAGUUCCAGUUCAUCAAGAAGGCGAAGGAGCAGGAGGUGGAGCCCGAGGAGCAGGAGGAGGAGUUGGCCAACGACCCCCGGCUCCGCCGCCUGCAGAACCGCAUCGCCGAGGAUGUGGAGGAGCGGCUGGCGAGACACCGCAAGAUCGUGGAGCCCGAGGUGGUCGGAGAAAGCGACUCGGAGGUGGAGGGGGAGGCGUGGCGCCUGGAGCGGGAGGACACCAGCGAGGAGGAGGAGGAGGAGAUCGAUGAUGAGGAGAUCGAGCGCCGGCGCGGGAUGAUGCGCCAGCGGGCGCAGGAGAGGAAAACCGAGGAGAUGGAGGUGAUGGAGCUGGAGGAUGAGGGUCGCUCUGGGGAGGAGUCCGAGUCGGAGUCCGAGUACGAGGAGUACACGGACAGUGAGGACGAAAUGGAGCCACGUCUCAAGCCCGUCUUCAUCCGCAAGAAGGACCGGAUCACAGUGCAGGAGCGAGAAGCAGAAGCCCUGAAGCAGAAAGAGCUGGAGCAGGAGGCCAAGAGGAUGGCGGAGGAGAGGCGCAAGUACACGCUGAAGAUCGUGGAGGAGGAGGCAAAGAAGGAGCUGGAGGAGAACAAGCGGUCGCUGGCGGCGCUGGACGCGCUGGACACGGACGAUGAGAAUGACGAGGAGGAGUACGAGGCCUGGAAGGUGCGGGAGCUGAAGCGCAUCAAGCGGGACCGCGAGGAACGGGAAGCCAUGGAGAAGGAGAAGGCAGAGAUCGAGCGCAUGCGGAACCUGACGGAGGAGGAGCGGCGCGCCGAGCUGCGGGCCAACGGCAAGGUCAUCACCAACAAGGCCGUGAAGGGCAAGUACAAGUUCCUGCAGAAGUACUACCACCGCGGGGCCUUCUUCAUGGAUGAGGACGAGGAGGUGUACAAGAGGGACUUCAGCGCCCCAACCCUCGAGGACCACUUCAACAAGACCAUCCUGCCCAAAGUCAUGCAGGUCAAGAACUUUGGGCGCUCGGGGCGGACCAAGUACACGCACCUGGUGGACCAGGACACCACCUCCUUCGACUCGGCCUGGGGCCAGGAGAGCGCCCAGAACACCAAGUUCUUCAAGCAGAAGGCGGCGGGCGUGCGGGACGUCUUCGAGAGACCCUCGGCCAAGAAGCGGAAAACCACCUAAGGGCGGGGGUGCCCAGGGACAGAGGGACAGGGCAGUGCCAGGACUGCUGUGGUCACCAGCCCGUGGUGUCCCCGCCGUGCUCUGCUCCCCGUGCUGCUGUCACCUGGUGGCCUCCUGCCCGGGUGCCAGGGGGGUGCUGCCCUGUCUGUGCUCACCGCCCCCGUCCCACCAACAGCCGUGGCAGCGCCUGAUGGGGCCGUGUGGGCACGUGGUGCCAGCCCCGGCCCCAGCACACCCGAUUUGGGAGGAAUUCACAGACUUUGAUACCUGCCUGGUCCGUGGUGCCUCCGCACUGCGGGCACCUCCCUGCCAGUUGGGCCCCAGUUGCUGUGGGGCAGUGGAGACCCUGUCUCCUCCCCGGUACUGCAGGGCUCGGCGUUUCUACCUGUGGGGUGGGGAGGAGGGGGUGGGGGUAGUAGUUUUGAUUAAAUCAGUUGUUUUCUUA